AUGCUGCGCCUCAGCCGCGGGCGGCCCCGCCGCCGGCAGCGCCCGCUGCUCCUCUUGUCAGCGCUGCUGUGGGCGCCGGCGCUGGUGGCCUUCAACCUGGACGAGGAGAAGCGGACGGUGUACAGCGGACCGCCGGGCAGCUACUUCGGGUACUCGGUGGACUUCUACAUCCCCGACCCCAGCACGGUCAGUGUCCUGGUGGGAGCCCCCAAAGCCAACACCACUCAGCCCGACAUCGUGGAAGGAGGAGCGGUGUACUACUGCGCCUGGCCCGCCGCCCGCUGCCGGCAGAUCCCCUUCGACAACACCAACAACAGGAAAAUUAAAGUCAAUGGCACCAGGGAACCUAUUGAGUUUAAGACAAAUCAGUGGUUUGGAGCAACAGUCAAAGCUCAUAAAGAAAAAGUUGUGGCUUGUGCUCCUUUGUAUCAUUGGAGAACCCUUAAAGACAGCCCUGAGAAGGACCCUGUUGGUACCUGCUAUGUAGCAAUUCAGAACUUCAGUGCUUAUGCAGAAUAUUCUCCUUGUCGCAACAGCAAUGCAGAUCCUGAAGGACAAGGCUUUUGUCAAGCAGGUUUCAGCUUAGAUUUUUACAAGAAUGGAGACCUGAUCGUAGGCGGACCCGGUAGUUUUUAUUGGCAAGGUCAGGUAAUCACUGCAAGUAUUGCGGACAUCAUUGCAAAUUAUUCCUUCAAGGAUAUUCUGAGGAAACUGGCACGAGAGAAACAAACAGGAGUGGCACCACCCUCCUAUGAUGACAAUUACAUGGGAUACUCAGUGGCUGCUGGAGAAUUUACUGGUGAUUCUGAACAAGAGCUGGUUGCUGGAGUCCCGAGGGGAGCACAGAACUUUGGCUAUGUCUCAAUUAUUAAUUCUUCAGACUUGACCUUUAUCCAGAACUUCACUGGUGAACAGAUGGCGUCUUAUUUUGGGUACACAGUUGCAGUAUCUGAUGUUAACAAUGAUGGUUUAGAUGAUAUCUUAGUUGGUGCCCCGCUCUUUAUGGAACGAGAAUUCGAGAGCAAGCCUAAAGAAGUUGGGCAAGUUUAUCUGUACCUGCAAGAAAGUGCAUUCCUCUUCAGAGAUCCUCAAAUUCUGACAGGCAUGGAAGUGUUUGGUAGAUUUGGCAGUGCAAUCACACACCUUGGAGAUCUCAAUCAAGAUGGAUAUAAUGACAUUGCUAUUGGCGCACCAUUUGCAGGAGAAGACAGAAGAGGGAAAGUUCUCAUUUACAAUGGAUACAGUAAUGGGUUAAACACUAACCCUUCCCAGGUUCUCAAUGGAGCCUGGGCCUCACAGUCCAUGCCUUCGGGAUUUGGCUUCACUCUAAGGGGAGACUCAGAUGUAGACAAGAAUGAUUAUCCAGAUUUAAUUGUGGGUGCAUUUGGAGCUGGGAAAGCCGUUGUUUACAGAGCCAGACCUGUUGUUACAGUGAAUGCUCGUCUUAUUCUGAACCCUAUGAUUGUGAAUCCAGACAACAAAACUUGUCAGCUCCCUGACUCUCAGCUUUUAGUGGCCUGCUUUACUGUAAGAGUCUGCGCAGACUUUGAAGGUCAAAGUAUUUCAGAUGAGAUAGUGCUGAAGGGUGAAUUGCAAUUAGAUUCAUUGAAACAGAAAGGAGCUGUUAAGAGGACCCUUUUCUUUGACUACCAUCAGUCACAUCAUUACUUCUCCAUUGUGAUAGAAAGACAGAAGCAGCUCCAUUGCCAGGACUUCCUUGUUUAUCUCAGAGAUGAAACAGAAUUUAGAGAUAAAUUAUCUCCCAUUAAUAUAAACUUCAAUUAUAGUUUGGAUGAAUCCAGUUUUGAAGAUAGUUUGACUGUGAAGCCAAUACUGAACUAUUACCAGAAAAGCUCAUUAACAGAGCAGGCUUACAUUCUAGUUGACUGUGGAGAGGACAACUUGUGCAUUCCUGAGUUGCAACUUUCUGCUAUGCCAGAUACAGAUCAGUUAAUAAUUGGAGAAGAAAACUGUGUCAUGCUCAUAAUAAAUCCAAGGAAUGAUGGGGAAGGAGCCUAUGAAGCUGAGUUACACAUAAAGAUUCCACCUGAAGCAGAUUACACUGGGGUUGAACGCAACAAUAAGGCACUGCGUGUAUUGAGCUGUGAUUACAAGAUGGAAAAUGAAACUAGAAUGGUGGUUUGUGAUCUUGGGAACCCCAUGGUGGCUGGCGCAAAUUUCUCCACAGGCAUUCGAUUUUCUGUUCAGCAUUUUGAAAAUGCAGAGUCCAGCAUCAGUUUUGAGCUGCAAAUAAAAAGCUCUAACAAGAUAAAUCCCACUAGCAAUUUAGUUAACCUCCAUAUCAACGUCAGUGCUGUGGCUCAAGUACAGAUCAGAGGAGUGUCUCACCCCCCAACAAUUAUUUUGCCACUUCACAACUGGGAACCCAAAGAUGAACCUACAAAAGAAGAAGAAGUUGGUCCUUUAGUAGAACACAUCUAUGAGCUGCACAAUAUAGGACCAAGUGCCAUCAACAAUACAGUUCUCCAUGUCGGUUGGCCUGUGUCCAGUCGAGAAGAAUUUCUUCUUUAUAUUCUUCACAUUCAGACACAUGGACCACUGCACUGUCAAACAAGCUCUCCCAUUAAUACAAUGCAAAUAAAGUUUGCUAUUCCACAAGACACUCCUGAACUUGCUGCUUUUUUGUAUAAUUCCACAAUUUCUCAUUACAUCAGGAGAAGGGAUGUUGCAGUGGCAGAACCUCACAGGAAAAACUCUGCAAAAAUAUUGAACUGUACAAACGUGAAGUGUGUCCUAAUUUCAUGCACUGUGGGACAACUGGAAAGAGGAAAGAGUGCCGCGCUAAAAAUCAGGUCCCGGCUCUGGGCACAAACAUUCCUGGAGAGAAAGAACGAUCUCUAUAGUCUUUCUUCCAAUGUUUCCUUCGAAGUUAAGAGCAUGCCAUAUAAGGUGCAACCAGCAAAACUCCCCACAGGAAGCAUAGCAAUCAGAACAUCUGUUAUUUGGUCCACCCCAAAUGUCUCCUUUGAAAUCCCUUUAUGGGUUAUAAUACUAGCCAUACUUCUUGGACUACUAGUACUAGCUCUGCUGACCCUAGCUUUAUGGAAGUGUGGCUUCUUUGACAGAGCUAGACCUCCUCAAGAUGACAUGGCUGACAGGCAACAGCUGACAAAUAACAAGACUACUGAUGCAUAAAGGAAGAGAGUAACAGUUAAAGUCAGAAUCCUACCUGAGACUAGAAACACAAUGAGGAUUAAAUGAAGGAUUCCUUCCACCAGCCUUCCUUUGUACCUGCAAUUGCCAUGGUGUCUUAAUCUGAUCUAUGCAAUGUUCUGAUAACAUGCCACAUGACAACCAUCCUUGCCAAAGAAAGCAGCUUUUUCACUGCCUUACAAAGAUAUUCACCACUGAACAGAAUGUUUAUCCCAAUUUCAGUCAGUCUACGUUUGAGCAGAUGCCUGUGAACGUGUGGUAUACCGAGUUGGUUCCAGAACAAGCCCAAAUCUCUCAAGGAGAGAAUGCCUUCAUUGCUGUUUUGUCCAGAAGAUGGACCAGGACAAACCUUCUGAAUGCUACUGUAUCAUACAGAAUACCUUUGAAACCUCCCUAAGAAUAAGAACUUUUAUGAAAUUAUUGCUCAGGGAGACAAGCAAUGUAUCAGUACUGUGACAGUACUUCUGAAAAACAAAGGUAGUCUGUAAAAAACUUUAUAGAUGGGGCACAAUUAUUUAUUUUUCCACCUUUUUGGAAUAAGUAUCUGUAAUAAUAACCAACAUAGAUUUUGAGAGAAGAAAGUAAAAAAAAUAGAAAUCAUGUCCUUACUUUACAUGUAAAUAGAAAAGUACACCCAUUGUACAUGCAGAACACAACUUUCUUGGCUACAAGGAGUUUUGCAAAGCAGAAGAUCCAUGCAACGCUUUACAAGAUGAGACAUAUGACAAACAAGUACAUGUUGUAUCUCUUUCAGCCCAGAGCUGGCAGUAUCCCACCCAGAUAACUAAAUCCAUGCACAGCAUAGAGCAGGGGAUAAGGUACCCUGUUCUUCUCUUGCUGUACAGCCGACACAGGAUACAGUCAUUUCUGAAAGACUGUUUUAAGUUAUCACAGCCACACUGGUGAUAUUGUGAAGUCUUAGGGGGUUUGGGGUUGGGGUAAAUUUUCUUUUCCAUUUCUCUGUUACUUUGUUGAAAUUGCCUCAAAAUGGCUACUCACAAUUGUAACUUGAAAUAUUUGCCUUUUUUUAUGUUACAGUGUACAAGCUCACAACAACUCUAAAGUGUUGACUUCAGCAAAGUUUAGGGCUGAAUAUAAUUAUUUCUUAAGCAAAAUCUUGCAGCGAAAGUGGGCAGAAUUUGUAUUUAUGCAGAAAAAUAGGAUGCCAGCCAACCAAACAUGAACAUAAAAAAGGAAAAAUAUUUUGAGCUAAAGAGUAAAAAAAUACACUUAGAAUUGAUUAUUUUUAAGGGUUCUGAAGAAGAGAUGUUUCAUUAUUUCUGUUCUAUCGGCAAAUGGUCCGUAUCUCAAUAGGGGCUUUAAGCUCUGAUAUGUGCAAAUUUGUACCUGAAAGCUUGAGUCUUCCAGUGCUGCCUGUGAGUGUGAAAUUAGCUACAUUGUGUAAACUUCAUGAGGAAUUGUUCAUUUUCUGAAAUCUCCACCACACUUGCCUUCUCCUGAGCUCCUCUUCUUUCCUUUCCAUCUCAGCUUCUCGAUUGGCAAAUGGCCUCACCCAUUCUGUCACUUUUAGAAAACUGCCCUUCUGCUUCCUAAUACUUCAUGACAGGAGUAGCCAUGAGGCAUUGUCACUUCUGUCAGUCUGACACAAGAUUUUACAGUUUUACCAUUUCCUGCAUGCAGAUUGACCUGUGCAAUCCAAGCAGGAGCUGUGUUAUGUCUUCAUAUCUAAGGCAAAUUUGCAAGAAGACCUUUAUGGAGUCUUUAGCUUCUCAGAUGCAGAGUACCCAUGAGAUUAAAUGGGAGGAGGAGACAUAUGCCUCCAAAAAUGGAGGUGAAGCAUCUGUGUGCUUCACACAAGCAAGAACCUCCAUUUUCUAAGGCUGGGGAGGCCUGACCACUUCCCAGUCCUCCAAAAAACCAUUAACAGACUCCUUCCCCUAAAUGGGUUUGAGCUGACUCCUUGUAGGUUAGAGAGAUCAACUGACAAAUAUCACCACAAAGCAAGCCUAUCCCAUAUUUGCACACCUCUGUAUCCCAUGCAUUCCAGGCAAAAUUGUCCUUCCAUGAAAGACAGUGAGCUUCUAGCUUUUGUAAAUAUUUAAUUGUUGUGUGUAGCAGCUUCUGAAACAAGAUUAGCUAGCUCAUUGCAAUCACAUCAUCUGCACAACUCUUACUCUGAUGAGAUAGCACCAUAAGGAGAUACCGAACAUAGGACUUUUGUAUGUGCAAUACUUUAUAUUACUUAUAUACCUGAAGCAUGUUUACACUGGCAUUUGUGUUUGUUUUUUAAACUUUUGAAUAUAGUGAUAAAGAUUACAAUAAAGAAAAAAGGAUUAGGACAAAAAUGAAAACAAACACAGCUCUGUUCAGUAUUUGUUGCAAUGUGUUUUCAAUCCUACAUUGCUCUGAGGAUGGACUAGGUGACCUAAUAAGUUCUUUACAUUUGUAACAUCUAUAGUUCACUUUUGAGCAAUUACUCUCCAUUUUAAUGAUGGACAAAACAUGUUCAGAUACCAAAUUUAAACAAUAAAGAACAUCAGUGACUGUUGAGCCUGGCUGGAAUCCAUUGGCUGCAGCUGUGUAAUGUCACUGGAAACCAAAUUAGAGGCACAUGAUCUGACAAACAGUUACUUUGAGCAAUACUUUGUUUUAUAUUUCUACAUCCUUGUAGAUUAAACUUCCCCCAUGGAAAUGUCUGGAGCUGUGUGCUGUCAAGGACUGUAGUCUUUAUUCCCAGCAUUUGUGGAUAGCUUUGGCUGCAAAUUGCAAACAGCUUUGUGAAGAUUUCUGGGUUUCAGUGCUUGCCAAGAGUGUUUAUUCCCUGGGGAGAUUGCAUCCUGGAUGUGGACACUAGCAAGCAGUUGACAUAAUCUUCCCCCCCAGUAUAUCAGUAAUGUGCUGUAUGAUAACCUCUGCCACAUCCCUACGUGACUGAACUUUUGUUUCAGUGACGUCAGCCUUGUAAUGAGUUACUAAAUGCAGCUUUGUGUACUGGUAAUUCAGCCUUAUGCUUCCCAAUGUAUAUGGUGAGCUGCUGAUGGCUAGGAACACAGCAGUAGUCCAGAGAGCAGGAAAAGCAAAAGGUUACUUUAAAAAUUAAAGUCUUUUAAAACUCCAUUGCUAUGACCACCACAGCACUCUAGUAAACAGAAAGACAUUCGUCUUUUAUUUCACAUGCUUCUUGCUGAGUUUGAGAAAGGCUGUCGGGUUAUUUAAUCUAUGCAACAGACUGUAUCUAGUGUCAAGUGGCAUUUUCUGUUUCAUGAAAAUUUCAGAAUUUGCAUAACAGGGAUCAGUACAUUUGAAUACGUUUUCACUUGCAUAUUUACAGUUUUCAUUUUACCACGGGUUAAUUUUUUGUUGUCACCAUUCUGUAACUCAUUUACAGGUUUUUCUAUCUUCUGCUGACAGCUUUUGCAGGUUUCCCACGUCAGACAGCUCUUGAAAAUGGCACUGAUUCUCUCUGCCUUUUAGCUGUGAAUUUCUCAUUCAUUAGCAUGAAGGAUCUUCUGAUAGGCACGGCAUACAUUAACUAAAAAGCCUUUUGAAACCAACAAAUCACCUAAGCAUACCAAGGGGAAAGAAAACCCCAACCAGCCAUGGCCUAUAGUAUUCCACUACAUUGCAGCAAGGUUUUUUUUAAUGAAAUACCGUCUGACACACUGCGUUUAGGAAUUGUUUAUGAGUGCGUGUUUUAUUUAUGAUUGUUGGCAAAGAUCCAUAUUAAAAUGUAGUGUAAUGGUAGUGCCUCUUGACAAUAAAAAGUCUUGAAUUCAGCUCGUGCAGGCGCCAUGAUGUGACACAGCAGGAAUGCUUUUAAUAUUGAAGGACUGGUCUUGUUUUGCCUGUGUGUUGUAUUUGAGGGGCACUUAACUAUUCAAGAUGCUAUCCUACUGUACACAGUGAUUUUUAGAAAAGCAGAAUGGA